AUGACCAAAGUUACUGUUCUUGGUGCAGCAGGUGGUAUUGGCCAGCCUCUUUCCCUUUUGCUUAAGCUCUCUCCAUACGUGGAUGAGCUGUCUCUUUACGAUAUCAGAUUGGCGCACGGUGUUGCUACAGACCUGUCACACAUCAACUCCAGUGUGAAGGUGUCUGGAUUUGAGCCAAAGGAUAAGAACGACCAACAGGCCAUCAAGCAGGCGUUGGCUGGGACUGACGUUGUUAUCAUUCCAGCUGGUGUUCCAAGAAAGCCGGGUAUGACUCGUGAUGAUUUGUUCAACAUCAACGCCGGUAUCAUCAAGUCAUUGGCAAGUGCCAUUGCAGAGACCGCACCAAACGCAUUUGUUCUUGUCAUUUCCAACCCUGUGAACUCCACUGUUCCAAUCGUUGCAGAGACCUUCAAAUCCUACGGUGUCUUCAACCCAAAGAGACUGUUUGGUGUCACUACUUUGGACAUUGUCAGAGCCAACACUUUCCUCAAGGAGUACGAUUCAUCAUUGCAGGGCGUUGAGUCUGUCAAAGUUGACGUUAUCGGUGGCCAUUCGGGCGAAACCAUCGUCCCAGUGUUCUCCACUUCAAACGCCAGAGACAUCUUUGCAAAGCUCUCCACUGACCAGAAGAAGCAGCUUGUUCACAGAGUCCAAUUUGGUGGUGACGAGGUUGUCAAGGCUAAGAAUGGUGCCGGCUCUGCUACUUUGAGUAUGGCUUACAGUGGAUACACAUUCGCCGAGGCACUGCUCAGAGCCGUCAAGGGAGAACGCGGUGUUGUUGAGGACUCCUUUGUCUACUUGGAUGCUUCAAUCCCAGGUGCCUCUGAGGUCCGCUCCAAGACCGGCGUGGACUACUUGUCCUUGCCUGUGGAGUUGGGUCCACAAGGUGCAGUUUCUGUGCAAGGUGGUAUUCUUACACAGCUGGACACAGAGGAGCAGAGAUUGUUUGCCAUUGCAGUGAACACUUUGAAGAAGAACAUUGUCAAAGGUGUUGCAUUCGUGAACAAGGUGAAGGCAAAGUUGUGA